CUCCCUCCUCUAACCAAACGCAGAAACAAUUUAUUUUUGAUUCCAAACGCAGCCUUAUCGUAAUGUCGUUGGAUACGGUGGCGGAGUCCCCGGUGAGUGACGUCACCAGCCUGAAUUUUGAGGAUACUGAAUUGACUCUACGAUUACCAGGCCGGCAGGUUCGCUCACCGACGGUCACUGGAGCAAAGUGCUGUUCUAAAAGGGGAUUCAUGGACACCGUUGAUCGCAACCACGGUUGCUCUUCAACUUCAACAUAUGGCAACUUUGUCUCCGACUGCCACUGUGCCGGACAACCACCACCUGCCAAGGCACAGGUUGUCGGUUGGCCACCAGUGAGAUCAUCGAGGCAGAAGGCUGUGACAGCCAGGAGCUGUAAAUACGUGAAGGUGGCCGUAGAUGGAGCACCGUAUCUCCGGAAAGUAAACCUGGAGGAAUACGUCGGCUAUCAGGAGUUGCUGGAGGCACUGGAGAAAUUGUUCACAUCUUUCACCAAAAAUCGUAAUUAUAUGGAGAUGGAUUUGGUGAAGGGGAUGGAUUAUGUACCAACAUACGAAGAUAAGGACAGAGACUGGAUGUUGGUUGGAGACGUUCCUUGGGCGAUGUUCAUAGAAUCUUGCAAGCGAAUUCGUCUAAUGAAAAGCUCAGAGGCUGCAAUCUUAGAUCCAAAAACUUCAGCCAAAUCCUCAAAAACUAAUUCUUGGCAAGAGAGCAUGCAUGUACAGAAUGAUAGAUCCUGGUGUUGAGGUUGAGGGGAUGAUGAGAUUAACAUGGUAGAAAUAAAUUGUUCAGCAGCGAGAUCUUUUCUUAAUUAAUUAUCUUGUAAUUAUGUAGAUUGGUCUCACUAUAUAUAGAUGGUAUGUAAAUUAACCAAAAAGGGGUUGAUGCCACAGAAACCAUUUCACAUACAUAGGAGGAUUUGGAAGGGUUCUUGAUUCAUGUCUCUGUUAGUUUGAAUCCCACAUCGAAGUCCAAAAAAAUGAAGUUUGUGUUUUUUC